CCUCGCUACUCGGAAUUUAUUUCGCGAGGGCUUCUCUUCACACGACACCGUCGGUAAUACUGAACGUGAUGCUCUGAUCAUGCUGUGGUCAUCCUCCGAUUCACAUGGCAACGUUUCUGUAUUUCUCGAGCAAAUCUUCACCACAAGUGCUUACGACUACUCUUAGAGACGAACCCGCCUCUCUGUAGCUGCCCCUCCACCCGAUUUCUUUUAAAUAUACCCCGAUCUUAAUUAUGGCAACCGGGACCCCGGCUACUCAAUCCACAAUAUGCGAAAACCAACCAGACAAAUCUUCUGAAAAGCCCAAAGGCUUUGAAUUUUGGCAUACAAAGCUGAACAGCGCCAAAUAUGUUGUGGCCCCAAUGGUGGACCAGAGCGAGUUGGCAUGGCGAAUGCUGAGUCGGAAGUAUGGAGCUCAGCUGUGCUAUACACCGAUGCUACAUGCCUCCGUCUUCACACGGAACCAAACAUACCGGGAAGAAUCUUUGACCACGUGUGAAGAAGACCGACCACUGAUUGUUCAAUUUUGUGCCAACGACCCACAGACUUUGCUGCAAGCGGCCAAAUUAGCAGAGAAGUAUUGUGAUGCGAUUGAUAUCAACCUUGGAUGUCCUCAGAAGAUUGCUAAAAAGGGACACUAUGGUGCCUUUCUUCAAGACGAAUGGGAUCUUCUCUACAAAAUGGUGGAUCUCUGCAACCGUCAACUUAGUGUCCCUGUUACAUGCAAGAUACGUGUAUUCGAGAACGUUGAGAAAACCGUGAAAUAUGCUCAGAUGUUGGAAAAGGCUGGUUGUCAGUUGCUGACCGUACAUGGAAGAACUCGAGAACAGAAAGGUCCAAUGACUGGUCUGGCCAGUUGGAAACAUAUCAAAGCAGUCAAGGAGAAUGUUAGCAUUCCUGUGUUUGCAAAUGGCAACAUUCAGUACCUUGAAGAUGUCGACAGGUGUGUGAAGGAGACCGGGGUGAAUGGAGUCAUGUCUGCAGAGGGGAAUUUGCAUAAUCCAGCAUUGUUUAAUGGCAUCAAUCCACCGAUUUGGGAAGUUGCAGAGGAAUACAUGAAGAUGGUUGAUGCGUAUCCAUGUCCAAUGUCUUAUAUUCGAGGACAUUUGUUUAAAAUGUUCCAUCAUGCCAUCCAAAUUCAUGCGGACAUUCGUGAGGAAGUUGCUAAAGGAAAGACGGUGGAGUGCUUUAAGAUGGCAACACAACUGAUGAGAGAGAGAUGCCUGAGAGACAUUGAGAGGAUUAAAGAAGACCCAACCAUCACCUACAAACCAUCCCUGCCUCAUCCCUACUGGAUCUGUCAGCCUUACGUUAGACCAGAUCCUUCAGAAUUGAACACACAAUCAAAGAAACAAAAAGGUGAGAACAACUCAGAUUCUGGUUCCGAUAAGAGCAAACUGAAGAGGCCCCUCGGGGAGCUGAGCAUCGAGGACAGCAACCUGUCGAAGAAGAAGCUGAAGAAGAAGAUGCGUUACCCCAAGAAAUGCUUCGAUGUCACUUGGAAGAUCAAGUACGAGAGGUGUGGCCUGUGCGCAAACCCAAAGGGUCAGAAAUGCUGCUAUGGCCUUUGCCGAAACUGUUGCCGAAAUAAAGCCUUUGUAGAACGAUUGGAUUGUAUAGGUCAUCGGUUCACAUUUAAAUCCCGUCCAAAGCCUUACAAAAAUGAAGAAGGACCAGAAGGGCCAGAAGUCACUGCUGUCGCCAAUUAAUUUUAUUCUGCAAGAAGACACAACAUUUCACCCAACCAAAUGUUAUUUUCUUUUUUGUUUUAAAUUGGUACAUUGAAUCAUUUUCUUUCUUACUCCUUUUCACACACACACACGCAGCAGUAUAUAUAUACCAUUUGUGUGUGUGUGUGGGUUUGGA